AGUGUGUGUGUGGUCGCGCUUGUAAAACUACAUAGUGAUCGUCUUGUGUUAUUUUUACUUUUAUUUAUUUAUGAUUUAUUAAAAGUUUGUUUUACAGUAAAGAUAUUUGUUAAGUUAUAACUCCAGCUUUAAGUCGUUAGGUGAAAGACUCAGAAUGCUAAAAACUAGUGUGUAAAUAUUAAUCCAACAGGUACUGUUAGAGUACCUCACCUGCGUAGUCCCUUCCUACUACAAAAUAAUAAAUUCGUGCGCCUUACGUUACUCCAACAGUGUUAACGAGGCACCAUGGCGGAAGCUCAUUCAGCUGUGGCCUUCUCGUUUGCCAUCACCCACGAUGGCUGGGACGUCAACUUUGACCGAGAAGUGCUAUACCUGGUCUGGGAGUCAGGUCUGCGCUCAUGGAAGAAGCGUAUGGCGCGCUUUAAAAACAGCGUCCUGAAUGGCGUAUACCCUGGGCAUUUGCAGUCAUUGUAUGUGCUAUGGACCCUGCUUGCAGCAGCGCAUUUUGGAGGCUUUAAUAUACCCUUUGGUUUAGUACAAAAAGCCCUGACGGUAUUACCUGCCUCCUCGACAAUGUGGCAACUAAUCGCUUGUUUACUAGCUGCCCUCACGAUGUGGCUUUCCGUUAUAUUUCUCAUGCGAUACAUGCUGAAGGUGCUGCUUAUGUACAAGGGUUGGAUGUACGAAUCACGCGUACCAGGUUCGAAGAUAUCACUAAAAACAAAGUUAUGGGCUAGCGUCGUCAAAGUGUUGUCAGGAUGGAACAAGCCCCGGCUGUACAGCUUCCAGGGCUCGCUGCCGAGACUGCCGCUGCCCAGCGUGAAGGACACCAUGAAGAGGUACUUGAUCAGCGUGCGGCCCUUGUUGGAUGAUGACAAUUAUCGCCGAGUGGAAAGAUUAGCGAAAGAGUUCGAAGAGACGAUCGCUGUCAAACUACAGAGAUAUCUCGUGCUCAAGUCAUGGUGGUCUUCCAACUACGUGUCGGAUUGGUGGGAGGAGUACGUGUACCUGAGGGGGAGGUCGCCUCUCAUGGUCAACUCCAACUUCUACGGGACCGACGCCAUUCUGCUCAAGCCUACGAACAUCCAGGCGGCGCGUGCCGGGGUCGUCAUAUACCAGUGUCUGCAAUUCAGAAGGCUUAUUGAUAGACAGGAACUGGAACCGAUAAUGCUACAAGGCAUGGUGCCGCUGUGCUCGGCGCAGUACGAGCGGCUGUUCAAUACGGUGCGCGUGCCCGGCGUGGAGACCGACAAGAUCGUGCACUACCAGGACUCCAGCCACAUCACCGUCUACCACCGCGGCCGCUACUUCAAGGUCAUCGUCUACACCCGCGGCCGCCUGCUCAAGCCUGCCGAGAUACAAGUGCAAAUCCAGCAGAUCUUGGACGACAAGUCGCCGCCGCUGCCGCACGAGCCAGAGCUGGCGGCGCUGACGGCGGGCGAGCGCUCGCACUGGGCGCACAUCCGCCAGACCAUGUUCAACCGCGGCCACAACCGCACCUCGCUGCACUGCAUAGAGCGCGCCGCCUUCAACGUCUGCCUAGAUGACGUGGCGUACGGGUACGACGAGAACGACCCGAGCAAGCUGGACGAGUACGGGCGCGUGCUGCUGCACGGCAAGGGCUGCGACCGCUGGUUCGACAAGUCCUUCAACCUCUGCUUCAGCACCAACGGAUACGUCGGAUUUAACGCGGAACAUACAUGGGCUGACGCACCUGUCAUGGGACAUUUUUGGGAAUAUGUUAUUUGGACUGAAAUAGAAACUGGAUACGCUCCUGACGGCAACACCCUGGGCUCGGUGGAGACGCCGCCGCCGGCGCCCAUCCGGCUGCAGUGGGAGCUGGAGCACGAGGACCUCGCCAAGGCCAUCGACCUCUCCUACGGCGUGGCGCAGAAGCUGCUCAACGACGUCGACCUCAAGAUACUCAUGUACAACAAGUAUGGGAAAGGCUUCAUGAAGAAGUGCCGCGUGUCUCCCGACGCGUUCAUCCAGCUGAUCCUGCAGCUGUCGUACUACCGCACAGCCGGCCGCUUCUGCCUCACGUACGAGGCAUCCAUGACGCGGCUGUUCCGCGAGGGCCGCACCGAGACCGUGCGCCCCUGCACCAUCGAGAGCUCCGCCUGGGUCACCGCCAUGGAGGAUCCGAACGCCACCGUUGAAGAGAAACUGGAGUUGUUCAGCAAAGCCGGUCAGCGGCACCAGCUGGGCUACCAGGACGCGAUGGCCGGGCGCGGCAUCGACCGCCACCUGUUCUGCCUGUACGUGGUGUCCAAGUACCUGGAGCUGGAGUCGCCCUUCCUGCAGGAGGUGUUCAACGAGCCCUGGCGGCUGUCCACCAGCCAGACCCCGCACGGUCAAACUAGCCAACUGGACCUGAAGAAGCACCCGAAGUGCAUCAGCUCGGGCGGCGGGUUCGGGCCCGUGUGCGACGACGGCUACGGGGUCUCCUACAUCGUCGCCGGCGAGGACCUGCUCUUCUUCCACGUCUCCAGCAAGAAGAGCUGCCCCAAGACGAGCUCAACUAACUUCGUGAAUCAAAUAGAAAGAUCCCUGAAAGACGUCCAAGAUCUCUUCAAUGCAUAUAAUAAAAAAAAGAAUGGGGGUAAAAACAGUAGAUCUGCCCUCGUAAGGCAAUUGGCGGUAUCUACUACUACUAUUUAAUAGUAGUAGUAGACUCGUACUCAGUUUCAUAAAAUAUCGCAGUCUCUUGUUGUUGUUGUAUUGAUUAUGUAGUUUAGUAAAAUUUUUAAAUAUUAGGUUUAUACGAGAACUACGAGUAUUUGCUAAGUUUUUUUUUUGUAGCGAGAUAUAGGCACAAAUGUACGUACAUUCAAGGACCAAAACCAUCGAAACAUCGGCAGUUACAACAGUCGGUUAAUAAUUCCAAUCGCAAGAUAUAUUAGGUUAGAUCUUAAUGACCAGCCAGACAUUUGUCAAAUUCAGUGAAUAUAUGCAUGUUGAAGUUUGUUAUUUAUAUCUAAAAUUUAUUUUUAUUAUGUCUAUUUAUCUGAUUAGCCUUCGGUUAGCGUCCUGUGGGAAAAGUGAAUGGUGGUAACGUCCCGAAGUGAGACAGUUAGUAGACUGGGUGCGCCCGAGAUGGAAUGGAACAACUGGUCGAGCAAGCCGUAUACGUGGUGGAGCCUGAAAUGGCAGUCAGUUGCCACUCGAAUCAAUCCAAACUAGGUUAGUUUAUUUUAGAUACAUUCUUAGAAUCAUCUACAGUGGUUAAAUAUUAUAAUCUUGAAUAUUUAUAAUUCGCUUUUAUUUGCAUAUUAUGCUAAGAGGUAAGUCGCUAUAACUGAUAUAUCACAAGUUAUAUAAUAGUACUGUGUCAAUAACAAAGAAAGUAUCGAUCCCCCUCAGAACCCGAGUCUUUCACAAACAUACCCUGAUAUUUUCUGUAAUUUGUAAGAAAGUAUUCCAAAUAAAAUUUGUACCAGAACCUACAUUAUUAUUUUAAUUCAUUAGGCAAUGUCAAUCAUUUAUUCAUUACGUGCGUAAAUAUUCAAAAUAUAAUUCAAUCAUACAUGACUUCAAAACCUUUAUGAUAUAGAAACGUAAGCAUGAACUAAAUUAUGUACCUAUAUUACCGAAAUCGUUUAAAACUGUAUUGCGUUGAAAUAAUGUGGCAUAAGUGAUAUUUUUAAUUUUCUAGUGUUUCCCUACUUAUUGGUUCAUCUUUUAGAACCAUACAGCAUAAGAGGCCCUUCUUUGUUAGUUGGUCGAUAUUUUAUCACAUUUUUUUGAUGUUACAUAAUAUUCGCUGUAACGAGCGAUCUGUGUGCCCUGACCAAUCGACAGUGAUAACGAUAAGCGUCACGAUACACUGGCAGUAUACUCUCGUAAGUAGACAGUGAUACGAGACGCGGUGUUUUGUGCUAGCCCAGUGCGAGGGCUCUGUAUAUGUUACACAGUUAGUUUAUUUACCCAUGUUUUCAGCUUCUACGAGUUUUCCUGUUAUUUAUUUGCAAAAUGUAAUGUGUAAAUAAUAUGCAUAUGCUUAAAUGUGUACUUAUGAUGUUAGGAAUGUUGGACAAAACUUUUAUUAAUUAUUAACAGUUUGUGCACUUAAUUUGUAAACAGGACAUGUCGCCUGUCUUAAUAUAGUAAACGGGUGUAUUUAAUAAUAGCGAACGGCAGCCAAUACGAUAAGAACUUCAACCUUUAUAUAGUCCGUCCAACAUUAAACACUGUAUCGUUUUAAUACUCUUCUUACUCAAGUUAUACUUAAUUUCUAAAUGUAACCUCUCCAAGAGUACAAUUAGAAGCUUAAUAAAAUUGUCGAUGAGCGCUGUAUUUGUGUAAGUGGCUCGUUUAUCUAUUUACGAUACUUUCAAUAAUAUAAGGCGUUGCAUGAAUUAAAGUAUUUAUUCUAACUAAUACUCCAAGACCCAAGUGCAAGUAAUUAGACCGAUAGUAGUUUUAUUACGUGUUGAAAUCAUGCAAUUAAAAAUAUUUUUUAUUAUAAGUAUACUUUAGUUUUGAAAUGCAAUAUUUUCUUUAAUUGUUCGACUUUUAUCAAAUUUCUGUAAAUAAAUGCAUAAAACAAUGUA